CUGGCUGCCGCCGCGCGGGGAGUCCGGCCGGCCGUCUGUGGGGCGCCGUCGGGGGUCGUGGAGAUGGACAGCGGCGGCGUCAACCUGGAGAAGCACAGCCUGGCGCUGCUGGCCGCCAAGGGCGACGUGGCGAGCGGGAGAGCGGCCGCCAGCUGGGCUCUCUUUUCCUACGAAAAAGCCAAUGAGCUGAAGCUCCUGGACUCUGGAGCCGGGGGUCCUGAUGAGCUGGCCAGGCGCUUCCAGAGCGGCAGCGUCAUGUACGGCCUGUGCCGCCUCCCAGAUGCCGCCACGGGGCAGCCGCACGUGGUCCUCAUCAGCUGGGUUGGCGAGAAGGUCUCAGAGCAGCAGAAGCAGGCCUGUGCCGGGCACCUGCCAGCCAUCCGAGCCUUUUUCAAGGAAGCCCGCCUGGUGGUGAAGGCGUCCCGAGCCGAGGAGGUGACCCAGGAGGGGCUGAGACGCUCGCUGCCCCUGGCUGCCCCGCCAGGAGGUCCUGAGGCCGCGAAGAAGGUGCCGCUGGGUGACCCUCAGGAGCUGGUGGGCACCAACUACAAGAAGACCAACCCAGCGCUGGAGAUCCUCCGUACCAAGAGGGACUCGUUCUGGGCACAGGCGGAGAGGGAAGAGGAGCAGAGGCGGGAAGAGGAGCGCCGCCGGGCGCAGGAGGAGCGGCGGCGCUGGGAACGGCAGCGCAUGGAGGAGGAGCGUCGGGAGGCGGCCGAGAGGGAGCGCCGGGUGCAGGAGAAGGAGCAGCUUGUCCAGGAGCAGAGGAAACAACAGGCCCAGCUGGAGGCAGAGGAGCGCAGGAGGGAGCAAGCCCGAUGGGAGCAGCAGCAGCAGGAGCGAGAGAAGGCGCUGGCAGAACGGGGUCCCCUGAGCGGCUCCGCUGAGAAGGCCACUGAGGCGGCUGCGCUGGCCUCGCAGCGCCCCCACGACCCCCGAGACUUCUUCCACCAGAGGGAACGCUCUGGCUCGGCGGUGGGGGCCCCAGAGUCGCCUUCUCCCACGGGAGGCCGGCCAGGACCGCCGCGACGCCCUUUCCUCCGCCACCAGCGCAGCCUGACGGAAUCAGCCUACAUCUUCCGGGGGCCGGAUGCUGCCCCUGCCAGGCGCCCAUCCGGAGACUUCUCGCCCUCGCCCUCCCCUCGCUCCCCGCAGGCGGCCCCUCUUCCCAGCCCCCGCCUCCCCAAAACCCCACCCGCCGGGAACCAGGACCCUGAGCCCAGAAGCCCCCCACCUCCGGCCCCGGAGAGCAGGACCCCCCUCGCCCCCUCCCCGCCUGGGGGGAGCCCGACCCCACUCCUGGCACCUUCCCUGCUGGACUCAGGGGACCCUGCCAGGACCCAGCCGCUUGCUGAGGCCUUGGCCCCCCUGGAGGCGCUCAGGGGGCCCCCACCCCACACUCUGCCAGCGGAGUCUGGCCCCCAGCCCCCUUUCACCCCGCAUGGGGCAGAAGAGACCCCUUGCAUUGGCCACAGUGCCGGCAUGGAGUCGCCCUCCCUGGGCAGCGCCCCCCGGGCAAAGUCCCCACCUCCAGCCCACGUGCCCCACAGCCUCCCCACGGAAACGGGCUCAGCGGGGUCCUCUGCCUGGGGGGCAGCUUCUCUGCUCGGCAGCCCCCCUGAGGAAGCCCUGCCCCACGCUGAGGCCAGGGACCUCGUCUCCUUCCUGGGCCCCAAUCCUGGAGGGCCCCCCAUGGCCAGUGCUCCUGAAGUGAUGGAUGGAUGCGAGUUUGUGGCUCCCCCGCUGGGAAAGGAUCCUGCGACAGACCCUCCGCCAACACCUGACUCAGCCCCAUACUCUGGGUUCAAUGGGACGUCCGCCUUGGAAGAGGAGAGCUGGCCCGCAGGGCAGGGGACGCCGUCCGUCAAAGCCAAACUCCCCGAAGAAUCAACCUGGGAUCCCAGAGCAGGUGGCAGCCAGGCCCCCGUGGCCAAUUCCAGAGAGGAGGGCAAGGACCCCUGCCUGCUCACAGGAAGGGCUGGAGAAGACUAGUUCACACAAUCAUGUGCGCCCCCCAUGGACUCCACUCGGCCCCCCCUGCUUGCUUUGGCUUGGAUGAGCCCCCUCCUCACCUGCCCACAGCCAUCUGCUGCCACCCCCCUCCCAGAAGCAACUCUGCCCCUGCUUUUGUCUUGCCCAAUAAAGGAAAAGUGGGAA